AUGCGCCAAACUAUACUGAACUCGGUACGAGAUGGCGAACAAGUUGAAGCAUUUCUGGACGAAAUGGAGUGCAUUGGUGCAGAAGGCUGGGAGAAUCACCUCAGUCAUUCUACGCAUGCUGCUGAGCAACAGCAUGGGUAUGAAACGAUGAUGGAGUCCAUCGACAAAGCUCUUGAAAAGUUAGAGCAGAGGAAGAACAAGCUGGAUUGGGAGGUCAACAAACUGAAAAGAGAAGUUGAUGAGCUGCAGGAGAAUGCGGAACUAAGGAGCUCACCGAUCGGAGACGCUGAACACAACUCGCGAGGAAUAGCGAUAUACAUCUUGGAUUUCGAUAGGCUGCAACACGAUCUUGAUUCGUUGCUAGUGCAGUUGAGCGACCUUGAAACUCGCGAUGGAGAUGUGAACGAGUCUCGUCCCGAAAUUAGGGGCGGCAUGGGCGGUCAACUCGAAGAUGAAGAGCACGUGUACAGUCAUGCGAAGUACAAGAACUGGGAUGAGGUGGACCAAAAGCUUUCAGUUGCAUCGGCAAAAGUACCAAAGGCUGGGACUGAUACCAAGACCUCGAGCGUAGAUGGAUCUGUCAGCUUUGCAAACGACCAAUGCUCUGGACAUGUACUUCGAUGUCUACAUCGGAGAGAUGACUCCUUUGAACCCUGUGGUAUCCACAUGGUAUAUCUCAAUGGAGGUUUUGCAUUGGAUUGUUGCCCCGACAAACACGUUUUUGAAACUCCGAUCAUUGUCUGCCAUUUCCUCCGCGGAGAUGCCUGCGAUAAUGAUACCUGGAAGAGCAUUGAGCUCAAUCAUUCGAAGAAAUACGGCCAUGGCAGCGAGGCUACCUGCCUUUUCGAGGUAGAGCAUGACCAUGGCGUGAGGCAGGCAAUUGCUCAGCUUGGUCUUCUCGAUGAGGACUUAUGGGCACCAGAAGGUCAGGGCGAGAUGUAUAUUGUGACUGAUCAGAGCCUUAUGCCUCAACCCCAGACCUCAAUCGAGGAACAAGAGCUUACGAUGAGAGGUGGCGGAUGUGCUAAGAUACUUACUCCCAUCCAGGCACCAUCGGAAUCGUAUACCCGCCUGGCAGAAGAGUUUGACAGUAUCUACGAUCAGCUGGUUCGUAACACGCUGGAAACCUGUGGGAAGGAACAAACGUCAGCUUGCACCAUGGCUUGGAUCAGCGUCGCUGGUAUUUUGCGAAUGCGGAAUACAUAUCUUGAGCGACAGUUCGAAGAUCUCAAGGAGAUGUACAACAGCGUCGUUGAGGAUUUGAGAUGGAACAUCAAUAUGCUCACGAGUCUGGAAGAUGAAUUGGACACAGCUGAGGAAGAAAAGGCGGAUGCAUUGAUGGAGCUAGGCUUCUUGAAUAAGUCGAUGGAGAAGAGGGAGGAGAAGGACCAAUAUAAAGGUAAGGAGAUGGAGGUACAGAGACCUGCAAAUCCGACCCCAAACAAAGGAGCUUCACGAGAUUCCCGUGUCCUUUUCAGCCCCGCCGUCAAAGAGUUGCAGACGACAUCGAGUGAGAAGAUGACUGCGGACAGGACACUAGCUAUGUAUUUUUACUUCUAUCCCCUGCGCUCAGUCAUAGUCCUACCAGGAAGUUCCGCACAGAUUCUUCAGUUCCCCCAAGGCACAAAGCUACAGGAUGUUCGAAAGAUUCUGAACCAUCAACACGAUAAUGAUCUGGAGAUAGAUACGUGUGCCGCCAGGGUACGAGACAUCAUAGAGAUUCGAGACAGGAUGGGCAUCGAUCUCCCCGAGUCCCUGCUCGACGACGUGGUCCUCGUCGGCAUCCCAGAAAGCCACCAGGCACAUACCAUGGCCGACAAUGCUGUCAGAAUUGCUGCGUGGGAGACCUUUGAUAGCGACGACUACGUCGAGUUUGUACCACGUGCACAGGACGACAAGCGAGUUACUCCGCACAGCAAGGAUGAUCGGUUCAUUCAACUCGCCCACAUUAUCAACUCGUUCGACUACAGACCUGACACCGCAAACGAAGAGCUAGCCGAUUCAGUGUGCUCUUGCAAUUUGUGUGCAGCAGACGCCAUGUUUGAUAACGCAACUGACAUGAGGAAUCCUCCCAUGGUGUCAGUUCGCGGUGGCGGCGAUCCGCACGACGAUGAUGACGAUGAUGAUUAUGGGUAUUACGCCCCCUACUUGGAUGAUGAAGAUGAGGUUGAUCACGAAGAUGAAGCCAAUGACCCGUGGAAAGAGAAGAUGUCUUCAGAUCAAGAUUGGGACACGCCCACCUCUCUUACCACCUCAUGCCUGCGGGCUAGCCUUUUCUGA